AUGUCGGUAUCAUGUAGUUCCCAGAUUCACGGUGAAAAUGAGAUAAGCCGAGUUCAGCUAAGGUCGUUCACAAACUGUCGUGAUCUUGGGCCAGGGAAACUGGAUCCUGGGAUAAUUCAAGAAUGUGCCAAGAUUGUUGCAGAACUCAAUCAGGAGACAGCAGUUUACUGCACGCUAAAUGUUUAUAUUGGAAGUACACAAGACUCCGAAGCCCUGCGAGACGAACUCAGGCGCAUACGAUUGCGUGGACUAGAAUUGGCGCAACUCAACAAACUCAAACUAGUUCCAUUAUUAAACAACACAACCCUAAGUCCAGAUGACACUCAAGAACUAGAACGCCUGUAUAAAAUAUUUUCCGCCUGUCUAGAAUUGCUGGAGACCCAACUGAUAAAGUCUCUAGCACUGAUCAAGGCUUUUCCUCUACACAAUGGAACCAAAGUAUUAAUAAAUACGGGGACUUCUGAACCGUUCCUACUAUGCAAGCAUACGAAAAUCACAGUGGAAAACCUCGAUACAUCCACCUGCAGCAAGACCUUGUUGGAGCAGGAAGAAAUACGUGGGCUAAAGAGGGACGUGAACGCUUUACACGAGCUGAUUUACAACAUAACCCAGUCAGCCGAUAUUAAUCCGUGGGCCGACUUCGAACCGCCACCUAGCAACAAGACAGCGAAAACGAUUAACGCUUCCUCCAGCAUUUCCGGUUCCGCGGAUACUGCAGUGACCCACAAUACCGUACGGACCCAGCGCUGUGUUUGUGUUAUAGUGCUCACGUUUUCUGCAGUAACCAUCUCCGCUGUUGUGAUAGGUGUUGUUCUCGGGAUCAUCUGA